CUUGACCAAGAGGAGCAGUGUCUCCUUUGUUCCACUUCGGCACCAUUUCUCCUUGGGAGAAACACAAAGAGCCGGGGUUCUUGCCCUGGAUUUUUUUUGAGGGGGAUGGAGAUUCUGGGAUCCUUGGAUUUUUAAGAUGCUCUUCCAAGCAACAUUGCUUACUCCUCGUAUUCUCUCAUAUGAAUCGUCCUGAGCCUUUCAAGGGUUCCCAGCACCAUGAGGGCCUGGAUCUUCUUUCUCCUUUGCCUGGCCGGGAGGGCCUUGGCAGCCCCUCAACAGGAAGCCCUGCCUGAUGAGACAGAGGUGGUAGAGGAAACCGUGGCUGAGGUGGCAGAGGGACCUGUGGGAGCCAACCCCGUGCAGGUGGAAGUAGGAGAAUUUGAUGAAGGUGCUGAGGAAACUGAAGAGGAGGUGGUGGCUGAAAACCCCUGCCAGAACCACCACUGCAAACAUGGCAAAGUGUGUGAGCUGGAUGAGAACAAUACUCCCAUGUGUGUGUGCCAGGACCCUACCAGCUGCCCUGGUCCCAUUGGCGACUUUGAGAAGGUAUGCAGCAACGACAACAAGACCUUUGACUCUUCCUGCCACUUCUUUGCCACCAAGUGCACCCUGGAAGGCACCAAGAAAGGCCACAAACUCCACCUGGACUACAUUGGGCCUUGCAAAUACAUCCCCCCCUGCCUGGACUCCGAGCUGACUGAAUUCCCUCUGCGCAUGCGGGACUGGCUCAAGAACGUUCUGGUCACUCUGUACGAAAGGGAUGAGGACAACAACCUUCUGACCGAGAAGCAGAAGCUGCGAGUGAAGAAGAUCCACGAGAACGAGAAGCGCCUGGAGGCUGGAGACCACCCCGUGGAGCUGCUGGCCCGGGACUUUGAGAAGAACUACAACAUGUACAUCUUCCCUGUGCACUGGCAGUUUGGCCAGCUGGACCAGCACCCCAUUGACGGGUACCUGUCCCACACGGAGCUGGCCCCACUGCGUGCACCCCUCAUCCCCAUGGAGCACUGCACCACCCGCUUCUUUGAGACCUGUGACCUGGACAAUGACAAGUACAUCGCCCUGGACGAGUGGGCGGGCUGCUUCGGCAUCAAGGAGCAGGAUAUUGACAAGGAUCUGGUGAUCUAAAUCCACGCCUCCUUCCGCAGUCCCGGAUCCUCCCUCUUUGAUCUUUCCCUUCCUGUUUCCCCCAAUGUUUAAAAUGUUUGGAUGGUCUGUUGUUCUGCCUGGGGACAAGGUGCUAAUAUAGAUUUAAGCGAAUACAUUAACGGUGCUAAAAAUGAAAAUUGUAACCCAAGUCAUGACAUUCUUAGUCAUCACACGGCUGUCGACGCCUCUUGCUCACCCACUAACGGUCCCCUUCUCUUGCCAUUUGCUGCGCUGCCUCGUGUCCUAGUGGCGUAGGGGUGGGAACUUUGAUCUGCUCGCGUCUGCCUUCGACACAUUGCAUCUUCAGAUUUUCUCUCUGUUUCUCAGUUUGAGACUAAUGCUCACCAAGUUAGUCUUUGUGUUCGUUUUAUUUCAGGGUAUUGGCUGCUGGGGGUUCGCCCUCAUGUGGCCUGAAGGUGGGCGAAGGGAAGUAGCAGGCACGUGAUGCUGGCAAGGAUGUUUCUGGGGCUGGGGAACUAGUGGGAGAAAGUCCUGCAGAGCCCAGCAGCCAGAGCCGCAGAUGACAAGGCGGUCACUCACAGCCAGGACCUGAGUCUGUGUUAGGAAAACAUAUUAAUUCUCAUAUAAACCCAGUUCCUCACCAUUUUCCUCUCAUCUUUCAGUGCCAUUUCUCUUCAUGUUAGGCUGUUUGUACAAACUUUUGGGAGCCGGGGUGGUACAUCAGUUCUCUGGAAUCCGCCAGGCCGCUGGGGGGUGGAUCACCACACCCUGUAGGGCUUCUCCCCUCCUAGCUGUCUUUGGGAAACGCAGGACUGGGAGGCUGUUUUGACCAGAGAGGCCAAGGUCAAGAGCAAGGUGUAGAAAAAUUGUAAAAUAGAAAAAGUGGUGUUGGUGAAUUGGUUUUGUUUUGUUUUGUUUUGUUUUCACAUUUGGAUAGCUGUCACAAGAGGUCUUUCCCUCAGUUUCCAGCAUGUUCUUCCUUUUCUCCCUUUCUCACGUUUUUCCUCCUAUUAAUCAAGAGAAACUUCAAAGUCCAUGGGAUGGUCGGAUCUCACAGGCUGAGAACUCGUUCACCUCCAAGCAUUUCAUGAAAAAGCUGCUUCUUAUUAAUCGUGCAAACUCUUGCCACGAUGUGGGGAGUUUGACAAAUCUUUCAAAAUAAAAAGUAAUGACUUAGAAACUGC